GGUGUAAAUCUCAGCACGUGACCGAGACUCAGAAGCGGUCUGUCGGUGUUUCACGGAAGGCAGCGGAAAGAAAUUCCUCUUUAUAUUCAACAGAAACUUGGAGUUUUGGAAUCAUAACACCAAACAAAUGACCAUAUCAUCGUCAAAACUAUUAUGAGUGAGGCCAGAAGCCACCGGGGACACAGGGAGAGGCAGGGUAGGAGCAACAGAGAGAGUCAACAACAACAACAACAACGACAACAACAACACCGGACGCGACCGUCCUCCAACAACAGACCAUCUACUAGGUCCCAGCACAGCACCAGAAACCAGUCAUCCCAAUAUGGUAGAAGGGCGACUUCGGAAGAAGUACACGGCUCGAAGUGUACACACAUGUGCUCCAGGAGGGGUAUUGUGCUGAUGUGCGCAUUUCUGAGCAGCCUGUUGGUGUUGUUCUGUGUCGUGGCUGCUUACGUGACUCAAUUAGGCAUGUCGGUUGCGAAUUUUGGAGGCGGGAGUUUUGUCGACGUCAUCAUCCCGUUUGAAGGGACAGAGCUUCAGAAGGUGCGUGAACUUGACAUGCAGUUUUCACAAAUGAGGGCUCCGGGAAUCUACGGCGGCCUUCCUUUCAGCAUCACCUUCGGUGUGCUCUCGCUCUUUUUUGUCAUGUCGGGCAACAAGCCUGCCCAUGUGCUUUCACGGAAGCUCCUGAUUGCUCAGUUUGCAUUCCAGCUGAUUGGAGCAGUAGCUUAUGUCGUUGCAGUGGGCCUGUAUCUACAUUUUGUGAUCAAGGUGAACUCAACGGAUGUGUGUUUACAGCGUGAACGACUUUACGCACGUAACGGACAGACUUGGAUGAACUGUAGUGUGAAUGGUGGGGAUGCAUCUGUCGCAUUGUUUGGAAUCAUAACGGCCAUUUUGUUUGCCUUGGGAGCCUUUUUUACUGUUAGAACAAUUCACAAUGUGAACCAGACCAAUAAAGAGCGUGUUCACUAUGAAGCAGAGAGACCUAAACAACCACGCAGUACCCAGGACACACUCCUCCAGUCAGGCAUCUAUGUCUGAGCUUCAGUCUAGAUUGAUAUCAUGUUUUGUUUAAUUUUUUUUUUUUUUAAAACCUUUUAUAACAAGCAUAUGAUGAACUUAAGCACAAUGUAGUAAUAUUUUGUCUUUAAAAUCUACUUCUAUAAACUGUAUUUGACUAGACUGUAUAAAAUGUGAAUCAGUAACUAAGUGUAUUAAAAAUGUAAAUAUGUUAAAGUAAAUGCUAAUUGUUAGAAUUUAUGUUCAUUAGUUCUUAAAUUUUGGCUGUUAGGAAUUCUGCUGGUUUCUUUAUACCCUUAAUAUUGUAGCCAGCAGGAGGCAGUAUACACUUGUUGUUGUUUACACAGACUUGAAUACUUAAGUGUUUUUAAUUUUCUAGUCUUAUCUGCCUAAUGUCUAUCUUAGUGCAGGGGUUCUGAAACUUUUUGCAGCCAGGGACCCUUUUACCUUUUUAAAUAUAUAAAUACUAGAAAUUAAGCACUAUAACUACAUGAAUAAAUACAGUUUUAUCAACAUAA